AUGAAGGCAUGCGAUCCCAGCCUCGGAGGUGUCUUGUUCCUAUUCUUAAUGCCGGUUGCUGCUUCUGAACCACUCCCACCAAGUGUGACGUCGCUCAUCAAUUCCUCAAUCGAUCCGUGUGACGAUUUCUACCACUAUUCCUGCGGUGCGUGGCUCGCUACGCACGAAAUGCCAGUAAGCAAAGCAGUGAUAGAGUAUUCCUUCACUCAAGCACAAAACGCAACGGAUACAGUACUGGAACAAGCAUUUGCCAAGAACUCGUCGUCUUUGACUGGAAAACUCUACGCGUCGUGCAUGAAUAUGGACGCGCGCAAUGCAAUUGGGGCUCAACCACUGCAGGAAGGAGUGCAGAGUAUCUUGAACGCUUCAAACAAACGGGACCUUUUUCACGUAGCUGGACGUCUUGCACGCACUGGUGCUGAUUUCAUCACCAAUUUCGCGCCAGAUCCAAGUCUCUCCAACGCGAGUCACAACAUCCUUUGGAUCACUCAUGCUGACUUGACACUGGACGACGAGUACUAUCGCAAUCCCAAAGUCCUCGAGCAUGUGGGGACGAAUAUGUCGCACUAUGCGUCAACGAUUCUCCAGUUGACGGGGUUUUAUUUAAACAAGACAAGUGAGUACGAGAACUACGGAGACGUGGUACUGAAUGUCGAGAAACAGCUCAUUGAGCUCCAACUGUACGCGCAGCUCGACCCAUCCAACUCGAGUGCGUACUAUUUGUUCACAUUCGAGAAAGCAGCAGAGAAGUACCCACUUGUGUUUGGUGCGUACGCAGAAGGCAUGCGACUGUUGGAGGAUGGUCCAGCACUGACAAAAGACACUCUGGUUGCUCUACAGAGCCUCGCCUACCUUGAAAAGGCCGAGGAGUUCGUGUCGCUUAUUUCACUCGAUGCACUCAAGGUGUAUGUGGCGUUCAUCUACAUUGACAGCUUGGCGCCGUACCUUAGUGCACCGUUCAUAGAUGCACGCUUUCAGUUUUUCCGUCAAGCAAUGCUAGGAGUCGAGAUACCGUUGCCUCUGGAACGAAAGUGUGCAGCUGCUGUGGUCAAACUCUUGCCCGUACACGCCGGUGCAGAGUAUGUAGCACAUCGUGAAGAUAUGAAAGAAAUGGGCGAAAGGUUUAUCGCAAUGCUUGAUGAAAUCUUGGAUGCCAUGAACAGCAGUAUCAGGACGCUCGAGUGGCUGGACGAGACAACGCGGAACAGUGCGCUGUCAAAGCUUGGCACUCUGGAAGUCAUGUACGUCCAGCCUGAUGCUGUGCAGCUCGAAAAAGAAGCAAAAUGUCUAGCCCAGUUGGACAACACUGCCUAUUUUGCCAACGUGAACUUGAUCCACUCGGCUCAGUACGUCGCUCUCACUUUGGAUAUCGAGGCGAGUGUGGAUCGCAGCGACUGGGGAAUGAGUGCCGCGUCGGCGAAUGCGUACUAUUCGCCUCGUAAGAACCAAAUCGUGUUUCCUGCCGGUUUAAUGCAGCGGCCAUUUUUUGAGUUAGACGGCAGAGCAGCUCAGCUCUUCGGGUCUUUGGGCACUGUCGCUGGGCAUGAGAUAUCUCACGGUUUCGAUAACUCGGGCUCUAAAUUCGACGCCAAGGGCAACUACAACGUGUGGUGGACAAACAUGACUGCUACAGCAUUUGAAACGCGUUCGCAGUGCUUGGUCGACGAGUACAACCAAUUCUCUGUUGAAGCUGAAGGCGGCGUGAAACUCGUCCCAGUAAAUGGCAAGAAAACAUUGGGGGAGAAUAUUGCUGACAACGGUGGCUUACGCGUGGCGUUCAAUGCGUACAAAAAACACGAGGUCUCACAUCGAAGCGGCCAGAACAGCUGUGACAUCAGCAUCGACGACCAGCUUUUCUUUCUGUCUUUUGCACAGACAUGGUGUGGCAAAGUGCGCGAAAAGACGGCUGUGAACUCGUUCCUUACGAACGUGCAUGCAGGAAGCGAGGUGCGUGUCAAUGGUGCAGUAAUGAAUAGCGCUGCAUUUGCUGAAGUGUUUCGUUGCCCUGCGGGUGCCCCGAUGAACCCGGUCAACAAGUGUGUUUUGUGGUAA